UAUGUGUGUAGUACAAAAACACAUCAAAGAAAAACAAAAGUUUCUUUGAGACAAAGCAAAUAACAAAUGGCUUCAUUUAGCUAUCUGAUGAGUGUUUUGGUAUUAUGUGUAAUCAUAGGUUAUGCAAAUGCUCAAUUGGAGCUUAAUUUCUAUGCUAAAAGCUGUCCAAAAGCUGAGAAAAUUAUUAAAGAUUUUGUUGAGCAACAAGUUCCUAAGGCUCCAAAUACUGCAGCAGCCAUACUCAGAAUGCAUUUCCAUGAUUGCUUUGUCAGGGGUUGUGAUGGAUCUGUACUUCUUAAUUUCACUUCGACUAACGGAAAUCAGACGGAAAAACUAGCUAAUCCUAAUCUGACAGUAAGAGGUUUCUCAUUCAUUGAUGCUGUGAAGAGAUUAGUUGAAGCUGAAUGCCCCGAAGUUGUUUCUUGUGCUGAUAUUGUUGCGUUGGUUGCUAGAGAUGCAGUUGUGGCUACAGGAGGUCCUUUUUGGAAUGUACCAACUGGUAGAAGAGAUGGAACGAUAUCAAAUGUCUCAGAAGCCAAUGCUGAUAUCCCAGCUCCAACUAGUAACUUCACUAGACUACAACAGUCUUUCGCGAAGAAAGGUCUUGAUCUGAAUGAUCUGGUCCUUCUAUCAGGUGCCCAUACUAUUGGAGUGUCUCGUUGCUCAUCAUUUUCAGAGCGUCUAUACAAUUUCACUGGGGUUCUAGGUACACAAGAUCCAUCUCUAGACAGUGAAUACGCGGAUAAUCUCAAGUCAAGAAAAUGCAGAUCAAUCAACGAUAAUACUACUAUAGUCGAGAUGGAUCCAGGUAGUUUCAAGACAUUUGAUCUUAGCUACUUCAAACUUUUGCUCAAAAGGAGAGGUCUAUUCCAAUCCGAUGCAGCAUUGACAACACGUACCUCAACGAAAUCAUUUAUCGAGCAGCUUGUCGAUGGACCACUCAAAGAAUUUUUCGAUGAAUUUGGUAAAUCGAUGGAGAAAAUGGGAAGAGUUGAAGUUAAGACAGGGAGUGCUGGUGAAAUCAGGAAGCAUUGUGCAUUUGUGAAUAAUUGAAAUUAAUGAUUUUGUGUUUUGUAUUUACCAUAAUUUAUGUGUACUGUUGAGUGAAUUGUUUGGUGUAAUAUGUAUCAUGUACUUUUAUAUUUAUUUCAAUUGUAAUUUUGCAGUUUGCUGGUGUUUUUUAGCAAUAAAAGUAAUGUGAUCAAGAGCAUUUCCAUA